AUGGAGAAUGGACUACCCACAGAGCUUCGACAAUAUCUGGACCUGAUCAUCGGUUUCUCAGAGUUACGACAGACAAUCUCACCGGACCUUAAUCUUCCCGAACCGGAACUAUCUGCGGUAGUUUCGGCACGCCCAUCGAUAUCGAAGUUGCUAUCGAAACGGAUCAAUCAUGACUAUGCUCUGCUCGUCAGGACACUGUUCCCAGAUCCCUCAACAUCCCCACGAAAACCCGACCUGCGUGACAUCUUUUCGUCCUUCAUCGCACGCUCCUCUCAUCUAGAAUUCGAAACAACAGCCCUUCAACUUGAAGCAAUCGCUCUUGCCGAACGCUGUCUUGACCUAACAUCCUGGAUAUCCACAACCCUCAUCCGCAAUACAGACGACAUUCGGCAUGGAAGCGCGGAUAGAGCGGUAAAGGCAUACCAACAGUAUCUUGCUGCUGUCGGUGAGGGAAUGGAGAAGAAGCUAAGGGUGGUGCAUUAUGGGACACUACAGGAUCUGGUUUCGCCGGUGGUAGUGAGAGCGCUGGAAAACUUCCUGGAACAUACGGCGCGACUGAAUCGAGAUCUGGAACGGAGGAAGGAAGAUGCGGAAAUUGCGUUCAAAGGAUACCAGGCUGCUGGGCCGAAACUGGAGGGAGCGGUCGCGGAAUACGCGGAAUUACUACGAGAAGAAGAGGCGAUCAAGGCGGAUAUACGACGACUCGAUCCGGAUGCAUUACAAGAUCUCUAG